UUCGGCGAACAUUACCUACGCGUGUCCCGUGUCUCUCUAAAACCUUCGGUUUCACGGAAAAAUUUCCAAGGGCACAUGGUUUCUAACCAGGAAAGUAAUGUGUACCAAGACUAGUUGGUAGCCACGAGGGAGCCUGUUCAAAACGUUUUAACCAUGGAGAGUGUACAAAGUGGAGUGGUGAAAUGUGGCGGUUACAGAUACGAUGACGGAACUCGAUACAUUGGAGAUUGGAAUCAUCGCGGUCAAAAGCACGGUAUGGGCUCAAUGAUGUUUUCGGAUGGAACACGUUACGACGGUGCAUUUAGUAAUGGAGUUUGCUCAGGAUUGGGAGUUAUGUGCUUUCCAGAUGGCGCUAAAUACGAGGGAGAAUUCAUGCAAGGCUGGUUCCAUGGGCACGGAGUUUUUUGGCGAUCGGACGGCAUGAAGUACGAAGGCGAGUUUCGCGGCGGCCGCAUUUGGGGUCUCGGAUUGAUCACAUUUAGUGAUCAGAGUCACGGUUUUCCAAGGAACGAGGGAUUUUUCCAAGACUGCCGUUUGGUCCGUAAAAAGCGCUGCCCGGAAGUGAUUCAGCGUGCCCAAAAAGUUGCUUUAAUGGCUAGAGCGCAAUGUGAUCAAGGAAAUUGAUUCUUCAAACCGGCCAUAUAGUAUGAGUAAUGUGUGACAUUUUACAAAUAAAUUUAUUUCUACGCUAUAA